AUGCUUUUCUCAACGUCUGCCAUCAUAGAGCAUUUCUCACUGGUAGGGUGGAGCUAUGGCUCAAAGGGAAACAUCGCCAAGGCACCUCGGUUUGACACGGUUCAUCUUCAUAUCGAUCAGCUCGGGUUCGUCUGGGUCAAUCUAGAUUCAUCCGAGAAACCCAGUGUUAAGUGCGAAGAGCAAUUCGAGAACAUUGACACUAAAGCAAGAAUCACUGAGGUCUACAAUAUGGAUGACUACGAAUUUGAUCAUACUUGGUCUCUUGAUGGUUGUAACUUCAAAUGGAAGACACUGGUUGAGAAUUAUAAUGAGCGUUAUCAUUGUUCUACGGCGCACCCAGGAAUUGCGCCUCACAUUCAGAAGGAUAUCAAAUUUGAUGUUGAUCCAAAACUAUGCUACAUUCGUCACCUUGGUGAAGAUAUGGAAGUCGGCAAUAUUGUUGCUAGCCCAACAUACAUGUUCCCCAACUCCUCCGUCACCAUGUCACGGCAUUUUGUCGCCGUGUAUGUGAGGCAGUCAAGAUUAACAGAGCGACUACUUCGACAUGGUAGAUGCAUUGAACAGCCUUCAACCGUUACUACCAAUAAAACUUGGGAUUGUUUUGGCUUUAGCUAG